CCUCUGGCUCUGCUGAGGCAGCUCUAGAUGGUAAGGCAAGGCCGAAGCCCACAGCAGAGGUUCCAGGUACGGCCAAUGGCUGCACAAGCCCCCGCGGUGAUUUCCAGCAGUGGCAAUGAGAAAGGCUCUCAGCGGCAGGGCCUAGGACCUGCCCAGCCUGUGCAGAAAGUGGCCCAACCCCAGCAUCGGGCUCCAGAUGGGCACCUUGAGAAGCCCCAGGAGAGAAGUGGCCUUCUGCAGAAGUUAGGGGGUUUUCACAUCACCAUUGCUUUCGCACACCUGGCCUUUGGCAGUUACCUGAUCUCCACAGUUAAAAACCUUCACUUGGUGGUGCUGAAGUGCUGGUAUCCAGUCUGGGGCGCUGUCUCUUUUCUCAUUUCAGGGAUCUUGACCAUGACAACAGUGGCAUUUCCCAAGACCUCUCUGAAGAUUCUGUGUGUGGCAGCAAAUGUCAUCAGCUUCUUCUGUGCACUGGCUGGCCUCUUUGUCAUGGCCAAGGACCUCUUUCUGGAGAGUCCUUUUCCAUGGCCCAUCUGGAGACCAUACCCCAACAGCACAGUCUAUAUCCAGAGACUGGAGCUGACUGUGUUCUGCUGCACCUUCCUGGAGAUCUUCCUGACAGGGCCCACAGCCAUCACAGCCUGUAAGAUAGAACGCCUUCGUGUAGAGGAUGAUACCCCUCUCGUUCCCGACACACCUGUGGAACUUUAAGGUCUGUCAAUGGAGCCACCAUCCUAUGAAGCCGUGGUCCAAGAGCUUGCUCUGAGUUUUUCCUAGGCCCCCAGCUCUGGACCACGGCUGGCCUCACCGAUGCUCUCCAUCAAUCCCCACUUCACACGAGCCCCAGGAAGUUGAGAAUCCUCUAAGCAUGCUCACUAGUAAACGCUAAUGGAGCUCCAAACUGAAGUCCUGCUCCACUGAUGACGCACAAGGUGGCACCAGCGUGGCUCUGGCACUCCAGAAGGGACAUCUCAGUGAGAAGGACAGACCAGUACUUUCAAAGGAAUACCUGCAACAUCAGCUCCCUUGGCUCGGGGGAGCUCUGUCCUCCCAGCAGCCUGUCUCCCACACAGCAAGGGUUUAGCACAGAUCAGUCCUGAUUUUUCACUGAGACCCCUCUGGGAUUGUGGAUCCAGAAAACACUCAGUCCUUGCUAUUGACUUGAAGGAACCACCAAGUUUGAUUCUAAACCCCCAUACCCUAUUUGAUUCUAAACAUCAGUUGAAUUGUAACAACACGGGUCCAUUUAAAGAAAUGUAUUAUUACAUGUGCAUGGUAAGCGUUUGUAGCUCAGUUGGCAGAGGGUUUUCCUAGCUGGGAAACAAGCAAAGUGGAUCUCUUAACCUUACUCAGUUUGCAGGAAAAAAAAAAACAUAGAGAUGAACUCUGACUUCAGCUACAGUUCCCAUGGCCCUUGAACUUGGAACUCUGCUUUGAAUGUCAUCAAACUGCUAUGUUAGAAGAAUCUUUGUGAAUCAUCUCAGUUAACCUCAUGCCACAGGAUAAACCAAGGCCGGGAUGGGUGGUCUAGGCUCACUGAGUGUUACCCAGAAGGUGGCUUUGAUGGACAUGAGGCUGGACCCCAUGUCUGAUGUUAUUGUCUCCCCGGCCAUGAGUCCUCUGCCCUGUCCCACCUGAUUCCUGGGAUCCUGAGAGCUGGAAGAAGAUCACCUCUUGUGCCCAGCGCCCACCGUAGCUCUCCUCCAGUCUGAGACUCUAGCCCCACUGGAACCCCAGGAACAUUGAGAGAAACCCCACAAGCGGACCUCCUCCAGCACUGAAGAGUACCUCAGCGCUGAGACAGGUCAUGGAGGCCUAAUGGUUAUUCCUUUGUCCCACUGAUAAAGACUGAGUUCUUACUGUGCCAAAUCCAUCCCCUCCUCCCAGUGGCCGGACUCCAGUGUUGAGACAGACACGCCUCGCAUAAAUAAAUGUAUAACUCCUAUAAAGAGAA